CAGUAGCCAAGUCUUCCGUUUUUCGUUGUCAUUUAGGAAGGUCAUGACCUCAGGGUAGCUUGACCAUCUUGUCGACGUACGACGACGACGAGGUGGAGGAUUGCCACAUUUGAGUGCAUGCGAGCAUGCGCGGGAACGGGCGAAAGUAUUUAAACAAGUGGAAAUAUCUUAUGGAAGGCCACUGUCGCUCGAACUGUCACGGAUCGCGCAACAUUCCCCUUACUUUUCCUCCCUCCCUGUAUUUUCAAACCGAACACACACACGCACGCACGCAUUCACCUGCGAACGAGGAGGGGGAAAAAUCGUUCCUCGUUCUUUUUCCCUUAAUUUCCAUCCAUCUAUCCAUCCAUCUAUCCAUCCAUCCAUCCAUCCAUCCAUGCCCCUUCAUAUUUUGUCCUUGUUGUACUCCCCAUGGUGUCCUCCCUUUAAAUUCGCGCUACUGCUCGCGUAAGAUCACAGAUUCUUUUAAGAAACCAUCGACGUUUCUUCUUUUACUUGUAUCUUUAUUUUGUUGUCGGGUCGUAUAAUACACCAAGUGACAUUUGUCAAUGAUCGUUAUUAAAAGAAUUUAAUCAAUUACGAUCUCUGCAACGAUAUCUAAGGAAUAAUGUUGUUAAACGUUUAAGUUAAAUGGAGAAUAAAUGUUAGUUAAAAGAAAGAAAAGCCAAACCAACGUCGUAGAAUUUGAUCCGUCUUCUUAAACGGGCUCCCUUCUCCUUGGAUAAUUCGAUGGAAAGAAAUCAUUCGGGGCUCGGUGAAGUCUUAAAUAAUACUAACAAAUAUUUCAACUCUGGGUUUUAUUAAUUUGGAAAGAUGGAUGAGCUAGAAGUUCAACAAGAAUCUAGAGAUAAGGUCGGUAAUUUGACGUUUUCGCCACCGCCGAUGAAAAAGUCUGAUACAAGGGACAGUAUUUCUUCCGUCGACAGCGAUAUUAGUUUGUCUUUCGAUAGAAGAGGUUCUAAGGAUGAAGAAGCUGAUCAAUCUGAUAGUAUGACUUCGGAUAGCGAAGGAAAAUCAUCGACUGAUGCUAUCAUGAAACAACAGAAUGUUGAACAAGAUUCUGGCGUAGAUUCUUUGGACGACGUUACGCAGAAAGAAUUGGACAAACAAAAAGUGUUAACAUCGAAUAAUAAUAAAGAAUCUAUUGUACAAGAUCAGCCAGAUGAUUUUGUUUUACCUAACGACGAGUUAAGCGAGAAAAUCUGCGUUCAGGUAGAAUCUUAUUUUGCCGAUGAAAGUAUAGUAAAGGAUGCUUUUCUUCUGAAACACGUGAAGAGAAAUAAAGAGGGUUACGUAUCGUUAAAACUCGUCUCGAGUUUUAAAAGAGUCAAACAUCUAACCAAGGAUUGGAGGGUCGUCGGUGCUGCUUUAGCUAAGUCCUCCAAAUUGCAAGUUAAUUCUCAGGGUACUAAAUUACGUAGGAUUAAUCCUUUGCCAGCUUUCGAUCAAACAACACCAUCUAGAACGAUUUUAGCUGCUAGGCUUCCCGUAGAAAGACUAUCGGUCGAAUCGGUAGCCGAAAUCUUUAAACCAUGUGGUGAAAUUGCACUUAUCAGAGUACUCAAGCCUGGACAUCCUGCACCUGCCGAGGUCCGACAGGCAAUCUCUAAACGACAAGAACUGAAGCCAACUGAGGAAUGUGCCAUGAUUGAAUUUACCGACUCGGCUUCAGCCAGGCUAGCUUUAGAAAUGAAUUUAGGCGAUGCGAAAAUAUUCGAAUUACAACAGUUAUCCGAUAAGAAAAGAAAACAGCAACCGACGAAGAAGACAAUCGUUACGAAAUUGACUAAAGAAGAUAGUUAUAAUUCAUCGAGUUGCGCAAGUGGAUCCGAGGCUGAAGAUGGAAAAGCAAAAUACAGAAGAGCUGUUCAUGGAUAUCCUAUAUAUCACGUUUAUCCUGGCCACCCUGGUCAUCCCUUUCAAGGUCCACCGUCACCAGAUGCUUGGCUAUCGCGCAGAUUGUCAUCCUGUUCAAUAUCAGGAUCCGAAAACGGUUUCGUUCUUCGCCGUUUAUCUUCAAGUUCUGGCUCUAAUUCAGAUGCUAGCAACUACGGCAGACGAUAUUCUUCCUGUUCCUCCGGUUCUGAAACUGGCUGUUGUCCUAUAGUUUACCCUCCCGGUUAUUAUUAUCAACAAAACCGACGUUUUUCAUGUUGCUCCGGUGGUUCAACUUCUAGUACCGACUGUAACGGUACUUGUUACAAUCCUAGUCGCCGAGGUUCAGUAGACUGUGGCCCAUUUUUCCGUAGGUUAUCCUCUUGUAGUCGAGAUUCGGGUUACGAUCCAGGAGUCAGAAGACUAUCUUUAUGUUCUUCGAUUCCAGAGCAAAAUAACUUUUGCCGAUCAAGAAAUAACAAUGGAUUAAUCAUGACACAUUUACCUGAAAAUGUAACAAGGAUGCCUUCCGGUCCUGACGGAACGCGUGGCUUUGGCCGACCACCUAGAAUGAAUCCUAUCACACCUACUAUGGAACCAGCAUGUUAAAACUUUAUCCUGUAUGCGCCAUGACUUUUUCCGUGUUAAAUAAUGAUCUCUAAUCCUCCUUAAACAGGAUUAUUAUUAUUAUUAUUAUUAUAGAAAAAACAAAUUAUAAACUACCUUUAAAAUAAUACAUCUUAACAUUGUUAUAUCUUCCCCCUUGUGAUAUGAUAUAGAAAAAUUGGAAAA